AAGCCUGUCAAAUGGCCAAGGCUGGAGUGAUUAACAGCAACCUGCUAAACAAAGAGGAAAUCAACGAAUUGAUCAGCGAAAUCGAAGUCCUUCCAUACGCUAACGUCAUCGAAGCCGUCGAAUACGGCGAACCAUCAAUCUACACGAAUGGUACCUUGCUACUUUACGUUUUGUCCAUGCCAAAAGUGGAUCAAACGAGAUUCAACAAUCUUAUCACUCGAGCUAUUACAAAAAAUGGUCAUCGGCUGGAUUUAAGGUACAGCCAAGUUCUAAUCAACAAGAAGCAAACAUAUGGCGUCAAGGAUAAGAUGCAUUGGACCUACUACGCGAAGAAGAUUGCCUGCCGCGACUGCUCAAAGGUGGCGAGACCAGUUGCCGCUACGUAAGCUGCAACGACUCAACGAUUGAGGUCAUCAAAGAGGACACGAUCUUAUUGGACAACGUCAAUGACACAGUAUGGUCAGGUGAAACCCCCAACUAUUUGAACGGCUCCUACAUUCUUCAACUGGAAAACGAAACUAUUCGAAUUGAUGAUAAAACUUACUGGAGCAUGAGCAGCUCAGGCGUUCAAAUACUCCCACCUGUGCUAUCUACUAUAAAGAAUAAAAGCCUCGCCGUCAAUCUGAAUCUUGUCCACGAGAUGACUAUUGGAAAUGUUAAACUUCUGAGAUACCUAAAGGACAGGACCAAUUGGUUUACAGCUUCGGAAACUCUGGGCUUGUUUUUGCUAUUAAUUCUCAUUUGGAUAGUUUGGAGGAAGCUAACAAAAGGGACAGCACUUCCUGAAGUAAGAUUGUCCAUACUACAGACGGAUCCUCAGGCACGAAGAAAGGAAGACACCUGUCCACGCUCGGAUCUGCGGGACGCAGAUCUUUAGAGGGGGAAGAGUUAACACUCCCCAGAGUUAACUCGCUGCGGCGCUCCCACUGUUGCCCACUACACGUGCCGCUAAGUCAGCACAAUUACAUUCUCACGGCGCACGGCAACCUAACACCCAAAGUCAAGGCCAUGACUAGUACCAGCGAUUAAUACGUAUGCUACUGCAUUACUCCAGACGCAUCGUCAGCAUAAUACUAUUUCGCAUACUUGUGAAAUAGCAUCAACCCAUAAUGCAAGUGUGGGAACUAACGGACGAACUUAUUCACAGACAACAAUUAUGCAACAGGUACGCUGCUGCUGGACAUUGGCUAUAAAGGGAAGCAGCGGACACAAAGCGGGCAGUCGAGUUCGGGACGGUAACGCUACGGUUUAGAUUAAGAAUUCUAAUUGUAAUUGUGUAAAUA